GCAGCUGGUCUUGGGAUAGCAUCAGGAGAUUCUACUCCAGAUUGCUAGACAAACCUCGUGGAAUUCCGCCCUCGCGACGCGCUCGACAUCUGAAGAAGUUGCUGGGAAAUCCUGUGUUUCUUCUCCGCCAGACUCCCUCUCGACUCCCCCCCCACAAUCCCUCCCCAGAUUCCAUUUGAGAUUUCAUUACACGUCCCCUCUCCGCCCGGCCUGCUGCCGCCAUGACGUCCCGCAAGACGCAGCAGGAGAUCGACAAGACCUUCAAAAAGGUCGCGGAAGGCAUCCAGACCUUUGAAGGCAUCUAUGAGAAGAUCCGAUCCGCCAACAACCCCACGCAACGAGAUAAACUGGAGGAGAACCUGAAGCGGGAGAUCAAGAAGCUCCAGCGGUACCGAGAUCAGAUAAAAUCAUGGGCGUCUGGCAAUGAGGUCAAGGACAAGGCUCCGCUGCUGGAGCAGCGACGAGCUAUUGAAACGUGCAUGGAACAGUUCAAAGCCGUGGAGAAGGAGAUGAAAACCAAAGCAUACUCCAAAGAAGGUCUGUCAGCGGCAUCGAGACUAGACCCCAAGGAAAAAGAGAAAGUGGAGGCGAGCGACUUCCUGUCGGGUAUGGUCGACGAACUGCAGCAGAAGAUCGAGGCUAUGGAGGCAGAGGAGGAAACGCUCCACGCGCAGAUGAAAAAGAGCAAGAAAGACACCAACAAGGCCAAUCGACUGGCGGACAUUCAGCGGGUCACGGAACGGCACAAAUGGCACGUCGGCCGAUUGGAACUGCUCAACCGGUCGCUACAGAACGGGAAUAUCGAGACGCAUCAGGUGCAUGAUCUCAAGGAGAGCAUCAAGUACUACGUGGAAGAUGGCCACAACAUCGACUUUUCUGGGGAAGACGAGACCCUGUAUGAUGAUCUAAAUCUGGAUGGGGAUGCUGAGAUCCAGUUUGGCAUGACCGGCGACAACGACAAGAUGUCGCAGGACGCCCAGUCACUGCAGGAAGACGAAACACCAGAUCUUGCACCCAAGCCCAAAUCUAGUAAGAGUGAGGCUGCAGCUCCACGCAGACCAUCCGCCCAGAUGAAGUCCCCGCUCCCUGUGCUUGCUACCUUGCACCCAUCCACCUCGACCAACGCAACCUCCGGCAUGAAGCCCGCACCCCCGCCUACCCGUCUACCUGGCGAAACGCUCAAGUACGCAUCUGCUGCGGCCGCUGCUGCUGCCAGUGACAAGAACGGCGUUGGUAUCGCUCCACUCCCCCCUCCGCCCGGUGCCAGCCCUGCGUUCCCGCCUGCCGUCCCCGUCUCCAAGGCCUCAUCCACGGCGUCCCCCAGCGUCGCGUCCGUCCAACCCAUAUCCAAACCUACUCCGCAGGUCGCUGCCGCGAGUGCCUCGAACACGGUGCCUCCCACCCCCGCAAUGGACAAGGCGACCGCCGCGUCCACGGGGCCCAAGGAGCCGGCGACCGUGGACAGCGAGGAGGAGCCCAGCGAAUCGAUCUACCACCUGCCUCCCGGACUCCAGGAUCUCAUCCAGUCGUUUGAAGUGACCAAGGCACGAGCCAACCAGUCGGGCAAUCACCAAUCGCCGUCGACCCAGCGCCUGCUGAACGCCUCACUGGCAUCGUGCCCCGAGCCCGUGGAUGCCGAGAAGCCGCGGCACUACAAGCCCCAGAACCCGUACAACACGCCAGCCUACUAUCCCCAGGAGCCGCUGGCCAUCUUUGACGAUCCUCGCCUGUACGAGACGGGGCGGAUUGAUACGGACACCCUCUUCUAUCUGUUUUACUACCGACAAGGGACGUAUCAACAGUACCUGGCGGCCAAGGCGCUCAAGAACCAGAGCUGGCGUUUCCACAAGCAGUACCAGACGUGGUUCCAGCGACACGAGGAGCCCAAGACGAUCACCGAGGAGUUUGAGCAGGGCACGUAUCGAUUCUUCGAUUACGAGAGUACCUGGAUGAACCGCAGAAAGGCGGAUUUCAAGUUUGUCUACAAAUACCUGGAGGACGAAUUAUAAUCGCCCAUCCAUCCAUCAGGUUCAGAUAAGGUGGUUGCGAUCCCGUUGUCCGGGCCGGGUGAGACGACUGGAAGCUUUUUGACCGGCGCAUCAUGCAGGAGCCUAGCUUGGGUUGCAUUCUUCCUUUAUCACAUCUUCCCCCUUUUUUUCCUUUUCCUCAUUUGCUGUCGUCUUCUUUUCUUCUCCCCGACCGGAUAGCAGUCUAACCCUCAGUUUAUGUCUUUCUUUGUCUUCUCCCCCUUUAUUUUCUAUUUUUCUUUUUUAUUUCUUUUCUCGUUGAUCGGUUCAGGAACGAGUCAAUGACUGGGACAGGGAUAGGGGAGUUAUUGCGCGAUUCAACUUAGUACAAUUGCACUCAUGGGGGAGAUUGGCAGUUGAUGUUCUCGCUUUUCAAUAGGUGAUCAAACGAUCCUUCCUAGGCCUUGAGGAAAGGGAAAUCCCCCGACCACCGAUUUUCGUUCAGAUCCGGUAGUAAUUGAAGCGUAAAAGUC